AUGUCCUACUCAACACGCUUCCUCUAUAGCAUCUCAGCAGCAUUGAUAUUCCUUCUUUUCGUCACUAUCGGUGUCGUAUUCAAUUCAGUGGGCAACUGGAGCAGCCUCUCACAACCCUUCCAGUUCCAUGUUUGUGCCAGCGAGCCUCCUCCCCCACCUCCAGUCAUUCGCAAAUUCCAGCCAUUGACCUCGAAAACCUCAUGGGAAUCACUUCUUCUCCCCCAAAAUGGCGGCAUCCUCAAGGUCCGAACAAGCAAUAACACCGUAACCGACUACGGGAUCUCCAUGUUCCACCAGCUCCACUGUCUGACGGUUCUUCGUGGGCUGAUAUUCCCUGAGACGACCCAUCAUCACGGAAGGCCCACAACAUCACCUUCACACUCGGGCGAUGCUCAUGAAGACGCUGUGCAUUGGGAGCAUUGCUUCGAUUACAUUGCACAGGUGAGUUGCUUUGGGAAGGCUAUAAUCUGUGCGGCAGACGACACUAUCGAGCCGCCUCGCUCGGCUGUCGAUGAAGAUGGAAAACGCGUCUUGAUUAUCGAUGGGUUGGGACAUCCGCAUCAGUGCAGAGACUCGGAGUUGUUAUGGAGGGCUGUCCAAGAUAGUGAAGUUCAUCCUGUUGAGCUUGCUCGAGUAAAGGGCACAGUUAGCUACAGUGAGAUUCUGCUCGAUAAUUGAUUAUCAGACAUGUCGGGAUAUCUGUAUGAUAUAUAAGUCUGCCUAGUAGAAGGUGAAUGGCUAGGGUUUCAGGCCGCGUCCAGGCGUCCAGGCAGCCACGCGCUUGCGUCGAUUGACCAGGGACCCCGGUCAGUCACAUGUCCAGCUUAUCUCUCCUUCUCGCCAUCAACUUCCAAU